UUCCCCUCGUUUUUCUCACGCGCGCUUCUGCAAAGUGGACGGUCGAGGAACGAGCUGCGGCGAGGAGCACGGUAGGAUGUCGUCGUAGACCGCUAUAGGCUACAGUUGCAACGCGUCGUCGUCAUUCGUGCGUCCUUUGACAUAUCGUUCACGCGUCUCGGUGGGGAUCGUGAAGAUCCGGUGCGCUCGAAGGAGAGAAUCGCGAUCGGCGGCAGUUUGCGACACGGUGAAACCGCGCCCGACGAAGCGCUGCUCCGCCGCCGCACGCGUUGGCGCGAAGCGACGCGACGCGAUUAAAUGAGACGGGGCAGUAUCUCGAUAAGUACUACGUCUGGUGCGCGAACAUGUCUGCGGAGACCGCCUUGAACGACGUGCCGAACGUCGCGGCGAGGCUGCAGAGCCUGCGACUGACGGCACACGGCGAGGACGAGCGCGACAUGGCCGAGAACGCGGCGGCUGGCGGCUCGACGACGACGACGACGAUGACGACGAUGACGACGACGGCCAGCGGCAGCGCCGACGGCGGCGGGUCGUCGUCGUCGCGGGAACCACUGCGAAAUAUCACCCUCUCCGGGGCACGGCGUGCGCUUAACUUCGUCGGCGACGAGGACCAGCCACUGAGCUCGGCGUCCGCCGCGCGAAGCGAGACCUCGCUCUCGAACGGCGAUAAUCGGCCACCCACUAAUGCAGCAAAUACAUCAUAUUUGGAUGGGCGAACGCAGAAUAAUGCUACUUUGGAAAACUCUUCCACGCAGAAUCAACCUGCAGUUAUGUACAAUUGGCAAGGUACAAAGGCAACGAUGCGCGAAAGAAUUGUAUUCCUAUUUAACAAUGAGAUACUGUCGGAUGUGACUUUCCUGGUGGGAAGAGGAGCGCAACAACAACGUAUACCAGCUCAUAAACUAGUCCUGUCCUGUGGAAGCGCUGUAUUUGACGCAAUGUUUAAUGGAACGCUUGCGACAGCUUCUUCGGAAAUAGAAGUACCUGAUGUAGAGCCUGUUGCAUUUUUGGCAGUGCUACUUUUUCUAUAUACUGAUGAAAUACAGAUAGAUCCUGAAACUGUGAUGACAACGUUAUACACUGCUAAGAAAUAUGCGGUGGCUGCUUUAGAGAAGCAUUGCGUUGAUUUUAAAAAUAAUUUAACAAGUGAUAAUGCUUUCUUGCUGUUGACGCAAGCCCGCCUGUUUGAUGAACCACAAUUAGCCUCGGUAUGUUUGGAUACCAUUGACAGAUUUACAACUGAGGCCUUCAAUGCAGAUGGAUUUACAGAUAUUGAUAUUGACACAUUGAUGAUAGUCUUAGAAAGGGAUACUCUUCGUGUUAGGGAAUCUAAACUAUUUCAGGCAGUCCUAAGGUGGUCUGAGGCUGAAUGUGUAAGGCAGCAAUUAUCGGUUACUCCAGAAAAUCAACGUUUGGUUCUAGGCGAUGCUUUGUCUUUGGUUCGUUUUCCACUUAUGUCAAAAGAAGAAUUCACGGCAGGUCCAGCGCAAUCUGGCUUGUUAAAUUAUUCAGAGGUCUUAUCUUUAUUUUCAUAUUUUAUAUUGAAUCCCAAACCUUCAGUGGGAUUUCAAACAAUGCCACGAUGUUGCAUGACGGGCAAGGAACAGACUGUAUGCAGGUUUCAACAUACUAAAAGUAGAUGGGGAUAUUUUGGAACCAGCGAUCGUAUUCGAUUUAGCGUGGAUAGACGAAUCUUUCUGAUCGGUUAUGGAGUUUACGGUAGUACACAAGAGCCAGCAAUAUAUGAAGUGACAGUCGAAUUAAUCCACACUGCAUCGGGAAAAGUGAUAGCUACAAAUGCAACAAGUUUUAGCUGUGAUGGAUCAAAGUACACAUACCGUCUAAUGUUCAAAGAAUUAGCGGAAAUCUUACCAAAUACAAUUUAUACGGCAUCAGCAACUUUCAAGGGGCCAUAUUCAUAUUAUGGCACAAAAGGAAUGAAAACGGUGUUGGUCGAUUGUGAUUCAGGAAAUGGGAAAGUGAAAUUUAAAUUUAGCAGCGAAUUGGGAGAUAAUAAUGGCACAUCUACUGAAGAAGGUCAAAUACCCGAGCUUAUCUUUUACACGUAAUAUCAUUCGCGUACAAUAACAUUCCUGACUUGACUGAACAUCAGAUUACAAAUUAUGUAAAAAGUAUGCCGAAUUUUGUCAAUUAUAUAUAUCUUGUGAUUUGAUUUAAGUGAUCAUCUAUGGGCAUGCCAAAGGAGUUAACCCAAGAUUUUUUCAUAAUUUUAUAGAUAAUAUCUCUUAAUUUCAUUAAAUAGUAUGUUUGAUAAAUUCAUCAGUUAGAAAUAUGCAAAUCUUAUGACAGUAUUUGUAUAUAUAUCAUUAAUGUUAUAUACAUUCUGAUCUUUCACAGAAGAUAUUACGGAAUAUAUUUGUCUUUUAAAAAUUUAAGUAUUAAAAUUAUUUUUGGAUUUUCAGCUAUAGUUAAUACGUUAAUUAUUAAUUAAUUAUACAAGUAAGCUUGAUGUUUAGAAUUGGAGAUGUACAAUCUAUUUUUCUAUCGUUUUAAUUGACAUCAUUGUAAACCAAAAAUAUAGUUGUAUAACAAUGUUAAAAAAAGAUGGAAAUAAGUACAAGAAGGAGUUUAAUCGUACAUACAUUCUGAUUUUGCCUAAAAUAUUUCUCAUUCGGAAUAUCUAUAUCAAUAUAAUUUGAAACCGUAAGUAGUUUAAUAUAUAGCACUUCUCAAUGCAAAAAUAAUUAAUGCAAUAAAAGCCUAAAGCAUGUGGAAUAUUUUUUAGUAAAAGUUAGUAUUUUAAUAGUUGUCACUUACACAAUGCGUAAAGCAAUGUAGAAUUUGAAAAAAUCUUGUUACUAAUGCGAAAAGUAGUAUCAAACGAAAGUAACAUAAAACACCAUUUUUUAUUCUCUAAUAAAGUAAGAUUAUCAUCUAUUUCGACAAUUUAUUUAAAUGCUAACAGUAUUUAAUGUAUUUCUUUAACACGCGAUUUAAGAAAAUACAUUUGAAGUUUGACUUUUAUUAAUAAUGAAUGGUGCUAGCUAAUGAGAUAACAUUGUUAUCCUUAGCAUUUAGAAAUAAGCAUAGAUGUAUAAGUUUGUAUUGUUUUUCUUGAGAGUUAGCGCGAUAUAUGAUUUCAUUUGUGAUUAUAUCUUAAUUAUAAAUGGAAAAGAUGUACGUGUAAUGUUAAAUAACUAAAUAGAUUUAUUCAGCAAAA